AUGCCCAACCCUGCGCUCCUCCGUCUCGUGCGUUCCGCAUUGGAAAAUGCACCAGACGCGCUGCCGUUAGCCGACCUCCUCGCCCUCGUCGACGAGCUCGUUACCGAAUGCAAGGCGUCGCCCGAUCCUGCCACACAGAUAUAUCAGUUUGACGAAGACCUGCAGGCAAUACACCAUGAGGUCUAUGCAUCUCUUCAUCAGACUGAGACCUUUCUCGCUGUUCUAUCACGUCUGAGUGAUGUACUCCCAUCCACCUCUGUCAUGUCAUGGUUCGAUCUUGUCCUACGCCCUGCAUUGCGUGAACCCAAGCUUCCAACCCAGGCCGUCAAUCAUGCGAAGUGCCUCAUAGUCUCGACGCUCCAGAAGACGAACGAUGCGUACGCAGAGAAGGUUGGAGACUUCCGUAGAAGGCUGCUGGAACUCUACCUGCUAGACGCGUUCAACGAGGGAUCCGGUGAUGAUGUUUUGGAGUGGGCUGAACUAACCGAGGAGGAUAGGCAAAGGCGGACCCAGUGGAAACACAACCUUGAAGACAUUCUAGUCUCGUUUGGAAAUGAACGGCCAGAGGAAUUUCUCGAUGAGAUAGACCGACACUUCGCGACUGCUGCCUGGCGACUUCAGCUCGUUGCUCUCCUCAAUGUAUUCUCAUGUGCACCGAACUUCGCAUCCGCCACCGAGAUUCUCCCUAAACUCCCACUCAUGAAGAGCCUGCUAUAUUCGCUCUUCCUGGAUAACUCGUCCACACUAUGUACGCUCAGUCUCACUUUUCUGAUCAAGUUGCUCCCUUUCUUUGCUGUGCACGCUCGUCAAGACCUCAAGGAUAUGCUACCACGGCUGUUGGCAAUCCUGGCGAGGAUUAUGUGCUGGAAGGAAAGACGCGCUUCCAAAGUGAUGGCAGGCGAAGAUUUUGACCCGGCUUAUGCGCGGGAGCUCGAACGCGAAACCAAUCCUGUUCUCAAAAUAUCACCAGACAUUAAUUGGGAACGCCUCGACAUGUCAUUCGAUGCGACAGCAUCAUUACCACCUUCAUCACGACCUUACUUCACUAUCUUGUACUAUUUAUAUCCUUCCAAUGUCCUCAAGUUCCUCCGGGAACCCGUUCGUUAUCUCGGCGACGCGGAGAUACCAAGCCCAUAUGUCGAAUCUUGGGAAGAAGCUUUCGACCUAAACGAGAUUCAUCGACGCAGCGAGAACCUCGCUCGUGAACAUAAUUGCCACCCGCUUCUCGUCCGGCGGGAUGGUAUCAUCGAACUUUCUGAGCCCGAAUUCUGGACCAAAUACACGAUCACCCGUAUCGUCAGCGAGGCGCACAUGCUCGAUCUUCGUAAUCUUAUCGUCGCACUCCAAGCACGGUAUCUUCAACACACGAAACCACCUGCCACGCAAAAUAUGGCAGAUCAAGACGAGCCUUCUCCAGAGGAUAUCCAUUCACCCCAGUUUAUGCGACCUAUCGAUCUAACAUCAGGGAAAGCCGUAAUCUCUUUACAAGAUAUGAUUAACACUACCAUAGCCCUCAAGUCUAAUCUCGACGUGGAAGUUAUACAACCCAGUUCUCAAUGGCCACAUUCCUUAUUCUCGACCAACUCCAUCCCUUCAUCUGAAAACAACAGCCCUCCAGCUUUAGCUUCUUUGCAAGAGGACGAAAACACCACUCAUGUAGCACAAGCUAUAUCCGGAUUGCAAAGAGAGGUGCUCCUCCUGCGGAACGACCUCAACUUUGAACUGUGGCUGUCUCGCGAAAAUUCUGAACGUAUUGGUUCGUUGUAUCAGGACAGGAUAGUUAUGAGGACAGCCGAAGCUGAACGUCAAGGCCUGUACAACAAACUUCGAAACUAUCGGUCGCAAGUAAUCAGGCUCGAAAGCGAAUUACGCGAGCAUAAGCAGCAGGCUUCGAGCGCGAAGAACAAAUAUGCAGAUUGGAACACGGAACUGCAGAAGAAAUUGAAAGAGCUGCGUGAAGAGAAGAAGAGCUGGGUUUCAGAAACGGCCGCGCUGCGAACUGCAGAGAAGGAGACGAAGGCCCACUUCGUUGCUCAAGGAAAACUGUUGGCUGACGCGACGCAAGAGGUUUUCCGUCUACAGACGCAGAAGAAGGAGAACCAACAUAAAGUCGACAGGCUGCAUGACUACGAACGCCAAAUCGAACAAUAUAUCAAGGUCCAGAGGUUGUGGGAUGAAGACUUUGCGAAGUUCAACGCACGGGAGCAGGAAAUCCAAGACAUGAAAACCCAAUACAAGCAGAUGCAACUCCGUCUCGAGAGCAUGGAAAGGGCAGGAGAAGGAAUGGAGGAAAAUGCUCGGGGUUAUCGUCGCCAAAUACAAGCACUCGAGGCGAAGCUGAAUCAUAUACGGCACAGACCAGAAAGCCCACGGGUCACGUUCGCACAGGAGUUGGCUACAUUUUCGGAGGAGAAAGCCAACAUGAAAGCAGCGAAUGAGACACUGCGUGAUGAGAACAUGGAGCUGAGGGAAGAAGUGGAGGAGCUAAAGGCUAUGGUAGAGCUCCUAAAAUCCCAGCAUACAGGCCGAAGAGGACUGGUGUCAGAGCGGUCAAGUCCUAUCCUCACAUCUUUUGUGUUGUGA